GAAAUAGAACUCGUUAUGGGACCUGCAUUGACGUUCUAAUGACUGCGGCAUUUGUAACCGAGUACCAGUUAAUACGUGUUACUGGUGCUGAAACCGAUACUUGCAUAUGGGUAGGAAAAGAGAUAAAGAAUGUACGAGUAUUCUAUGUCAAGAGCUAUUCAAAAUGUGGUACUGAUUUCAGCAUGCCUCACAUGCCUCUCUUGUGAUAAUUACGUUUUUUAAAUUCUCGGGAGUAAUACUGUGUUGUGGUCUUUGUAACGGAGUACUACGUUCUUCCAAGGACUUUCCAUAAUUAAAGCAGAUAAUUAAGCCAAUGUAAAUGUGAACAUUUCAAAGAAGUUUUAACUGUGCGAGUUCACAAGAGGUAUAUAGACUUAUUAUGCAGAAUCUUCAUCGGGGUUUUCACUGGACGAGCAUUGCGCUGUUUCUCCAUUUGGCCAUCCUCGGGUUAUUGCAGCAACCUCUAGCAUGUGAAGAUGCAUGGUGUAAGCUUAAAGGAAGAAUUGAUGAUUGUAGUUGCAAUGUGGAUACAGUGGACCAUUUCAACAACAUUAAAAUUUACCCAGUACUAAGCAGCUUGCUCAACAAAGACUAUUUCAGAUUUUACAGGGUAAAUCUGAAGCAAAAAUGCCCAUUCUGGGCAGAUGACAGCCGGUGUGCCAUGCGCUACUGUCACGUUGAACCAUGCCUGGAUGCAGACAUUCCUGAAGGUUUGAAGGGUCACCAGCCAAAGAAUGCAGUAAUAGAGGAGCCAUCAGCAUUCAAGUACUCCAAAGAAGCCCAGGCGGCGGAAUGUGAUCAUGACCAUGAACUGGGCUAUCUCAACACAACAAUCAGUGCUGCGGCGUAUGAAGAGUUUGCUCGUUGGAAGGCUUAUGAUGAUGCUCAGGAUAAUUUUUGUGUCAUGAACGAAGAAGAUAAAGGUGCUGAAUAUGUGGAUCUUUUGCUGAACCCUGAGAGAUAUACUGGAUAUAAGGGCAGAUCUGCUCACAGGAUAUGGAACAGUAUAUAUCUGGAAAAUUGUUUUAGGCCGAAGGACAUUCUCAGUUCAUAUAUUCAGUCUUCAAGUAUAAAUGGUAUGUGUUUGGAGAAGAGGGUGUUUUAUCGUGCCAUCUCUGGGCUCCAUUCAAGUAUUAACAUACAUCUGUGUUCUAAGUAUCUUUUAUCAGAAAAGAAUACUUUCAUACUGGAUCCACCAGGCGGGCAGUGGGGACAGAAUUUGGAGGAAUUUCAGCGUCGCUUUGAUCCCGAGAAAACCAAUGGUGAGGGGCCUCAGUGGCUCAGAAAUCUGUACUUCUUAUACUUGUUGGAGCUGCGAGCACUAGCUAAGGCAGCACCAUACCUUGAACAUGAAGAAUACUACACAGGCAAUAAGGAAGAAGAUAAGGAAGUGAAACUUGGCAUUCAUGACUUUCUGAAGGUUGUUCGGUCCUUCCCUGACCAUUUCAAUGAGAGUACUAUGUUCAAUGGUGGACAGCAGGCCCGAAAAUUGAAGGAGGAGUUUCGGCAACAUUUCCGUAACACCUCCCGCAUCAUGGAUUGUGUCGGUUGUGACAAGUGUAAGCUGUGGGGAAAACUGCAGAUCCAUGGGCUAGGCACAGCGCUGAAGAUUUUGUUCUCAGGCAAGUUCGAUGGAAUGGAUCCUGCUAGCCAGAAUCUGACACAUGUUAACAAGAGUAAGUUCCAGCUAGAGAGAAGUGAGAUUGUCGCACUGAUAAAUGCAUUUGGAAGAUUAUCCACGAGCAUACAUGAGCUGGAGCAGUUCCGAGAUAUGAUGAGGUAACUUAAGGCAUGUGGCAGGGCUACCAGCCCUUAAACUACACAUCACAUAUGAACCAGAAAGAAAGGUCUGUUAGCAGUAUAGCGAUGGUGGAGGGUGUUAGGCCUCGCAGAGAGCUGAUGUUCCUGUGAUCUCCAUUUGGUUUGGUUUGGUUUGCUGGAUAGUUUCCCAGAUGCACUCUCUAUUAAUAAGCUUGGUUGUUACUGCAGGAUGAUCCAUUUAAAAUGCAUCCCAAACUGCAACAGUAAAUGCAAGCUUACAGGUGACAUCAGUAUAACAGGACAGAUGAAUUGUUUGUUUUUAUUGUUAUGCAUGGGAAAUUAGAUCACAUCUUUAACAGUAGAACCUGAAAAUGUCCACCACCACCUCAGAGACAAGCAUUUGCCAAUUUUGGUGUGUAGCAACCUGUACACUAGUGUGUUUUAGUUCCUUCAUGCUUUGCAGAGGUUGGUGUGGCCAGAGACCAUGCCCAACAAUGUGAUCAUCAGCAAUAAUGCUGUUAUUGUAUUUGCAGUGUGGGCUAAAACUAGCUGUCCCUUUCAUUUUUUCAACAGCUUUCCAACUGCCAAAACUCUUUGAGAAUGGAUUUGUUGCCUGUUUUAAACACUUUUUGUGUCUAGAAAUUUUUUACCAGAUGGUAUAUUGUUGUCUUAUUGAGUACUUCCUUGCCGGGGUGUGCAUAAUUAAAUGUUUCACUAAUGGCAGCAGACAUUUUCAGCGCUUUUUAAUGUUUGAGGAUGAACACAUGUUUUGCUUGUGAAAACAUCCAUGCUUGCAACUGCAGAGCUUCUGCACAAGUGGUAGCAACAUGAUGACAUUGACUUGAUUGUUUCGAGAAAGGUUGGGAUGGCCCAUUAGGUGAGGGGAACAGCUUCUGAUUCCAUUUCUGUGCUGUAGAGCAUGAUUAUUGUUUGGGUUGAAUGGAAUUUUAAAUGGUGCUUCCUGCAUAUCACAUCAUAGAUAUAAUUUUUAUCUUGGAUAUUUUUGCAGUAAUGCAGUGAUGUUACACUUAAAUGACAGCUGUGUAUUAAUAAUAUACCACACUAAAUGUUUUUGGUCCAGACAGUUUUCUAAAUGGAUGAACAGGGUGAUUAACACACUCAGAUUUAAUCUUUAGCCUGACCUAAAUGCUAUGUGAUUGUUUACUUGGGACUCUCAUUUCAUUCAGUUUGUUUUAAACAACUGAUAUACCUCAGUGUUCAUCACGUUUGGGUUGCACAUCUGGGAUCUGUUCUGUUGUAAUUGCAAAAUUUCUUAUAUUAGAGAUGUGUUGUAUAAUAAUGAUUUCCAGUUAUUUUUAAUUUAUUGUAUCCUUGGAGGUGCAUGAAUGAGAUAAUGUCACUCUUUAGUUGGUAGAAAUUUAAAACUGAAUUCUCUGUGAUAUAGUUGUUAAUGCAAUGAAUGCAUAAAAGUAUAACAGUGUUUGUAUAUAUGAUCGGAUACUUUAUUAUUACUUUCAUAAUUAACUCUUUUAUUCCUUUCUACAGAUAAUGCGCCUUUCUUUGGCACACUUCUAAAAUGCCUUACUGUUGACAUUUUGAUUUCUAAGAUAGUUUUGUAAUAUUUACAAAUGCAUGGUGCAGUACGUAACCAGUAUGCACUACAUGAAUGUUUGGUCAUACUGACAUUUGAUUAAAAGCAGUUGUACAGUUCAAAAUUAAUUUAAGCCGAAUGGUAUGUCAAAGGAACUUUGCUGAAUACCGGAUAAUGGCAAUACUAUUCUGACAUUGUGAGGAACUGGAGUGUUUUACAAAUCAGAGAACAUUUCUUUUGAAUAUGGUUAUUAUAGUUUAUAGUGUCAAAUAUAUUUCAUGAAUAGAGUGUACAUUUUUAAAAUUAUUAUGUAAAAUUUGCCUUAUCAGAUGUAAAAUUCAUAUAAAGGUCACAAUAAAACAGAGGGUUAGUAUUGGCUGCAUCACUGAAAGAUCUGUUCUGGUCCAUUUUGAUUCUGCAGUCUUUUCUUAGUGUUAAUUUUAUUCUUGUUACUCUGCCCUAAAAGGUGCCAGUAACAUGAUUUAAUUCCAAUUUUUUUGACUAAACUAAGUUCAUGAAACUUGUUAUAAAAUUAAGCUCAUUAUCAAAAUAUACUGUAAAGAAUUUUUAAGUCAGUGCUGUAGCCUAUACUGAAAGCUCUUCAGAAUUUCAUCACAGAAGUUUUAUUUAGUAUUUUAUAAUAUUGGCGAAAGAACGAAUUUACUUUAAAUAUUGGUGUAGUUUCUAUUGAAAUGGUGAACAAACUACUUAAUAAGAGAUGAAGAAAGAUUCAUGAUUGCACAGUUAGUCAUAUCGGAUAUGGAUUGCCUUUGAUAUUUCAAUUCUUAAUAUGCCUGCUUACAUGUUGAAAUUUACCUCUCUGCAGCUUUGAGAGAAUGGCAGCUGUCUGUUUUAUCCAUAUGGAAACAUGUUCAGGUCUUAAAAACUGAGACUUUGGUGCAAAUGCUUGUUAGUAUUAGCUUUAAAUAGGUCACAACAAUUUCAUCCCGCUUCAUUCCAGUUCAUUACAUAGUCUUCCUCUGAACUCAUUUGACACUAUAUAUACAUAUACAAUAUCACCCUACAGUUCAUGCAGUGUUAAAUAAUCUUUAACUAUAAUACUCAGUUAAAGUAAAAUUGUGUCUGUCUUAGUGAAGCAACACACUGUAAAGGUGGAUGUGGACUGGGGGUUUAGCUCUGCAAAUUCUUGACCUUAGAGCUAGCUGAAUGAAAGUGGUUAUUAGCCUCACAUUCCAGAUGCUUUGCCCUCCCCCCACCCGAAGGAAAGUGGCGACAUGUAUAAAGUAAAUAAUACAAGUUUUAGCAAUAAGACUUUGUACUAAAGUGGAAUCAGCACUGCUUCUACUCCCACAUAAGAUAUUCUAGCAAUUAUUGCAGCAUUGCUAGAAAUAAAAGUAGUCAUUGAAUAAUGCUCAUAUACUGUAGCUGUUGGACUUCAAUAAUGUUCUAAACAGCCUGAUUGUAAAUUCAAUGAUAUUUAUUUUAGUGUUGCUGCAUUCUGCUGAGUGUGCAAUAGAGUCCUGUUACAUGACUCCUGUGUAACUUGGAUGUAAACAUUUUUUGUCUGAGGUUUUUCCCACUGUGGCUUCAACACCAUUACCUCAAACCCAAGAGAAGUUUUAUUUCCAUUGUAUUUUCUGACUUAAAUGUGUAAUUUUCCUCCCUCUAUUCUGUUGUAAUAGUUUUUACUAAAUAAUAUACAUUGCAACUGAUUAAUUCCUUUGACACAGUUUUCAUUUAAUUUAUUCUUAAACAUGUAUGUAAUCGUGGUAAAUUUGAUAUUUAAUGACUAACAUGAAUUUUGGUGCUGGUGAGUUUUGAUAUUUGUAUCUUAAUAAUGUGGGAGAAUUGAGAAUUGUUGUAGUUUUUAUAAAUUACAAUUAUUGGGCAGAAAUCAUAAAAUGCUUACAUUUUGUAAUUGACAAAAAGAAAAUGGUAUACAGAACUUUUUAUGUAAGGUGAUGAUGUAAGAAUCUUCUUGUUUACACUUUUUAUAACUAUUUUGUUGGAAAGAAAAUAGAAGAUUGUGCUUUAUUUGCAGCAACUUUAUUUCUGAGCUUAUUUGCAAUAAUCAGUGGAGUUGUACUGAUUUUUGAGUGACUUGUAGAUGUUUAUGUGAGGUUUCAAAAGUUUGAUGCCAGAGUUUAAAACAGUACUUGUUGAAAAUACACCCACAUACUGUAUUGUGGUAAUCAACCAGAUUAGUAUGUGUCCAAGUUCAGCUUACAAUUUUUAUGUCAUGGAAUAAAUAGGCAUGUUUAGCAUAGGCUAAAAGUAUGCAAGUUUUGCUCUGUUAUGCAAGGAGUUAACCCUUUAAAGAAUAGCAGAUAGCAGUGUAUUUAUGGGUAUCUUAUAAUUCUCACAAAAAGUGUUUAUUAUUUUGCUAAGCAGAAUUAAUUGAUUGGUCUCUGUAAUAGAGAUGCAUUUUAUUUUCUGUGACGGGGGUGGGACUAAGUUCUUAAAUAUUUAGAUGAAUUUUAGGCUUCAAAGGGUGAAUUUGGUAAGUAGUUUGAAUGUACUUCAAAAACUGCGAUUGCUCUUUAUGUGAAAUAUCUUGUGUGAACUAGUUGUAAGGAUUGAACUGUCAUAAAAUUGAUGUUUUCUUGGUUGUUAUAGUAUUUUUCCCAUAGUGAACCAGUCACUGUUCUUGACUGUGGGAUUUAAUUGAAUUAUUCCUUUGGGUGGAAGCACACUAAUCUAGUGAUAAUUAUAUGUAGAAGAAUGUCUGUGUUAAUGUAGAAAGCAAGCAUUUGAAGCGUAAAGAUUACUACAACUUGAAGUGGAUGUGUGUUAUGUGUGUAUUUCAUAUAUAGUUUUUAUUUAUGGUGUGUUUAAUCAUGUUGUCAGGAACUCAGACUCUGUGGUGUCAAGCUGUUGUAGCCUAAUUUGAGGUACAGUAUAGACAUUUACCUAGAGAGAGUGAGGAAGGCUGUGAGAAUUCUGACAGGAUAGCCAGUCUUUGGGCUGAAAUUUGAACCUGGGACCCAAUUUAUGAAGCAGGAAUGCUAACCAGUUGACUCUGAAGUUUGGCAUAAUUUCUGUGUAGUUUUGACUCAUGCUAAUCUGGUUCUAAGUCUUUUCUUGCCAGUAUGUCAUAAUCAUGAUUAAACUGAAUAACAAGAUAUUAUUAGUUGCUUUAUGUUAGCAAGAUGAAGGUGUAUUAAAUGCUGAAGUAAUGCCCUUAAACUGCUGAUAUUAAUUAAUAAUUUUAUGAUAUCUGAUUUAUUAUGGUCAUGAUUAUAGUGAGGGAACCCUUUCUAAUUUCUGUUUUGUCAGUUUUAUGUUAUAACAGAAAUGAGUAGAUUGACAAUUGGAGGGACUGAUUGAAUUGUUCACAUGCAUAUAUACACUGUGCGUCUCCUAUCACACAAUGAGGGACUCAUGCACUGUUAAAAGUGAAGCCACUGUUGAAGUUUGGUCAAAAGUUGGGCUUUUAGUAUUCUCAGUUUCCUCUUAUGUUGUCAGUAUAUGUAUAUUUAAUUUUGAUUCAAGCCUGUAUUUAUAUUUAAAGGUUAAACAGUUUCUAAAGUGCCCCAUAUCCUCUCAGAAUUACUGGGUUACUCUUUCUGAGGGACUCAACAGAGUAGGUGUCUUCCACUCACCUGAGGAUGGAAACAGAUUCAGUUUCCAAACUGUUGUGUUCUCUAGUUUUUAGAAUAUUGGAUGAUGGACGAAGUCAAAAAUGCUGUAAUUCCGAGUGUUAUAUACCAUUGUCAGAACCCUUUAAAAUCUGCAUCUCUUUUGUGUUUGAAAGUGUUACACAUGACAUAUGUAACAUUGACAAAAGAAAAGUCUGUGUGACAAGGUUAAAUCGGCAAAUGCUGGAACUGAUUUUCAUAUUUGAGAUUGGUUUACAAUAAAAUAUUCUGAUAAAAGGGUGAUCUUAUCAGAUGAGACAUGUUAAUUUGACAGAACAUAAAGUGUGUACUUAUUUAAUGUAUUUGAAGUAUAUAUAUAUAUAAAGUAUAACUGUUUAUAUUUUAUUUAUGAGGUGGGAAGGAGGUGGGGUGGUCUUAGUCUUGCCUUGUUUUCCAUACAAAAACGUCUUGUACUGUCUCAGUGGAUGGGUGCCAGUUUCUGCAAGUAAUAUUUAUGGUAUCAUCACCACCAUAAUUCAUGAAUAUUUCUAUUCGGUGUUUACUAGCACAGCAUAAAGACACUGAAAUUUUGUGAGGUACAGCCAUGCAAAUGGUGCAUGUAUGUUGCAUUGAAUAAAAUAUAGGAACUUGUGUGAUUAUUAGUAACACUACUACUAUACUACCAUUAUCUCUGCUACUGGCUUAGCUGCUAGGCCAGCCCCCUUUUUUGUGCACUAUGCUAGAGGCUGGUUGAUGGUAUUUCACAGCAAAAAAAAAAUGAGUAACAAAUAAUCUACAUGCAUCCAUGGGAUUGCAGUGGGUAGCUGCAUACAUCAAAUAGCAACAGAGGAAAACUAUAUUGUCAAAGUGUAUUCUUAAAGAGAAAUAUUUUGUUUUGUUAUUGAUUUGACCUUGGUCAGAUAUGGUAAUCUGGUCUCACCACCAGCAAUGACCAGGAGAAUGGAAGGAUUAAGUAUCGAUGUCAUGUUAUAUGUUAUGUGAUAAAUACAGGUGGACAUGUGCAUGUGUUCAUAUUUGUUGGGUUGGCUUUUGGUUAUACAAGAUCCAAACACUGUACCAUCUCUUAACUUUUUAAUGUUCAAGUAUUUUUGCAUUGUCCAUUCUGUAAGUGUGCAGACAUAAGUGUUUGUCUUGCUCAUGUUAUAUUGUCAACAUGAUGGUGUUCUGGUAUGUUGGCUUGGUUGAAAAGACUGAUAUGUUUCUGUGGUAUGAGUGUAGUGGGAGAUGUAAGAAUUUAUGAUGUGUAAAUUGUAUAAAUAUCUCAUAAUUAAUCAUUGACCAAUAAUGUAUUACAUGUGUAUUAUCAUUGCAAAUACUUAUUUUUGAGAGAUGUGCAAAUUAUUUACAUUUCCAUAUACUUCACAUGAUAUUUAUAUAAUGUAUAAAUAUAUGACUGACUUAUGACCCUAGGUAUGUAUCUUCUGUUCAGCUGAUAUUAUACAGGUAUGAAAUUA